AUGGAGCGUUGUGUCUGGGGCCGAUCGAACCGAACGAAACUGUGGUCAGCAUCGAAUCGUCUGCGAAGAGGUCUUUCCAUUGUGCCGUUGCAAAUGACGGAGUCGUUAGGAUCGGGUUUUGACCGCAUUCGUGCGGCUCUCAUGUCACCCACGAAUAUUGAAUCUCACAUACCAUCUUCGCCUUCUACAGGACGCUCCCCGGACAACUCAGAACCCGUGGAUGAAAUCCCGUUUGGUGCGAAUACUCCGGACUCGUCCGAGCCACCGGAGAUGGGACCGAGCACCCAUAUUAUACAUGGCACGCUCGAUGAAGCGCCACGUUUCGCAGUCCCACACGGUACAUACGUCACUACGCCGCAAGAGGUGGACUCGUCAGUCACUGGAGCUCCUAUGGCUGCAUCAGCGGAGCGGUUUGGCUCCGAUUCGGAGAUGGCUGAGGGCCCCGAACUAGGACAAGCCGCCGGGUUCACUGUCUACAUGAACGGUAGUGCCGAUCUGGAAUCUUUUCUGGCCCAUCUGGCUCAAAGCACGCAUGGUGGGAACAACGUUGCUAUAUCUGACGAUACAGAAAAUGAAAAUGGCGGCGGACUCAUUCAGGAUUGUGAUUCCCUGAUUUAUGAUACGCCGUCACCUUUCGUCGACUCGGAGGAUGACGGCAGCGACCCUGAUGACACGAGGAAGUUCUAUUUAGGAGACGACGAUUACGAUAUGGAUGAGGCAAGAUGGUUUCACGACAGGCUGCAGAUGGACAAUCGCGAUGCUUACCGACACGUUGGCUAUCAGCCAAUGUUCCAACGCUCCGACCUAUCGGGGUUUCCGAUGCCUGCGGGUUCGGGCAACCAAAACUCUUUUGAAUCUGAGGAGCUAAGUGAUGAUACUCACUGGGGAGCUCCAAUGCCAGGAUCGACUCAUGAACGGAACCUCACAGUCGAGCAGUUCAUUCGGCAAUGGCUCGCUCGAACCUCCAUCAGCUCGCUGAAAAGUUUGAUGCGACUUCAGGUUCCUCGCCCGUCACUCGAGGCAACAAACGUUGCGAAUUGGAUUCGUCCGGAGAAGAUUGUUCGCCCUCCAGACUACCCACAUGACUUUUACGACAUUCAACAAAUCCCCUGGCGGGAGAAGUUGCAAGUUGAUCGGGCCGAUGCGCGGGCGUUACGUGACGCGUGGUAUACGUCGUAUCAUAAUCUGGAAUACACGCCGCGGGGGUUCGAAAACAAACUCCCUCGUGAAGAAUUCUAUUUUCGAGAAGAGGCCAUGUACACGCGAUGUCGAGCCACGAUCGAGCAUUUUCAACUUCGAAACUUGAUGUCCGUCACGUCACAUAAUACCGUCCAGUUUUCUCACGAAUCGAAACUGUAUUCGUGGAUUCCGGCCUAUAACCAUCUGACGUGUCUGAUCGACCUAUCGAGACCGUCACCAGAAACGGGGUUCCAAGGUCCGGUGAAGGUCUCCACCAUGAAGUCCAGAUUCGGCGUUUCUAUUGCCGGUGGAUUCUGCGGGGAGUAUUGCAUGCAUGUGGAGGGCACGCAAGAGCCAAACGUCCAAGGCUUCGUCACGAGAGAUUUCAACGGGAUCACAAACCAUAUUGAAAUCAUCCGGCACCGCACAAAUCGAUCUCCAAUGGCGGUCUUUGCAUCGAAUGACAAACACAUUCGCAUCCUGGACUGCGAGACCAACACUUUUGUCGCGGAGCACGCUCUGUCUCGUGCCAUCAACUGUUCGGACACCUCCCCCGAUGGCCGGCUUCGCGUCGUUAUUGGCGACUCUCCCGACGCAUGGGUCAUCGAGGCGGAGACAGGCCGGCCGAUCCAGCCGCUGCGGGGCCAUAGAGAUUUCGGGUUUGCGUGUGCCUGGUCUCCGGAUAUGCUGCACAUUGCGACGAGCAACCAGGACAAGACGGUGAACAUCUGGGAUGUGCGGACGUGGCGUAUUCUAGAGACGAUCGAUUCCGAUGUGGCAGGCUACCGGUCUUUGCGGUUCUCGCCGGUUGGCGGGGGCCCUCGUACGCUUCUCAUGUGCGAGCCAGCGGACCGGAUCUCCAUCGUCAACGCCCAGACGUAUCAGACUCGGCAGGUCCAUGACUUUUUCGGGGAGAUUGGCGGCGCCGACUACACGCCUGAUGGCAGCUCGAUCUGGGUUGCCAACACGGAUGAGGUGUUUGGAGGGUUCAUGGAGUUUGAACGGCGGCAGUGGGGUCAGCAGUUUGGCUUACCAUUUGCCGCGACAGUGGCUGCCAAGCGGCCGUUGGACGAGGGGCGGCCUGUCUAUAGUCGGGAUUUGCCUCACGAGUGGAUGAGUGAGGCUGCGUUGGAAGAGGACGAGCGCUGUGUUCUCAGUGCGUCUGAAAGACGGCUCCGAUUUCUUCGAGGUCUUAGCGACGAGGCGCAUGAUAAUCUUCUCCUUUAG